ACUAAUUAACAAAAAGACGAUUCCCAUUUGUUCUCGGGAGAGACCAAAUCAUUGACCUCGAAUCGAAGCUUUGAGAGAGAAGAAAGAGCGAGCUGCGGCCGCCGACCGUAGAUUCCGUCCAUAGCCGUAGGAGUACAGCUGACUUCGGUCGUCCUUCCUAGCGAGGAUGGAUUGGCGAGGGUGGUUGAACUCCGUCUUUCCCCGUAGCGAUUCGAUCUCUAGGCCCCUGCUUACCGUGCUGCUCGUGUACUCCUUCUCGUCGCAGUUCCUCCCCAUUGAGCCCUACCUCGUUCCCUACCUCACUACCGUCAAGGACUUCACCAACUUCCAGGUCACAAAUUUCAUAUUUCCUGUAAGUGUCUAUGCUCAACUUAUAUUUACACUUAUCAUGGCACCAGCAAGCUAUUACCUCUCACACAAGGUGAUGAUAAUUAUAGGUGCUUUUGGACUAUCUCUGACAUACUUGUUAGCAUGGUGUGGACAGUCACUCGUGGCUAUGCAAACUAUGCAGGUUAUGUAUGGAUUUGCGACAUCAUCACGGCUGGUCUUCUCGUCGUAUAUUUUUCUUCUUGUCUUGGAAGAAGAUUAUCAGAUCAUGACCAGCCUAACUCAAACAGUUUCACUUUUAUCCUUUGUGCUAGCUUCUGAAUUGGGUCAGUUGCUUGCUCUUACGGAUUCUUCAUACGAGAUAUACUUCAUCAUUUCACUUGUUGCGCUGAUUGUUUGCUGUGCCUCUACUUUCCUUCUGCCUGCAGAUAGUUCUUCGUGUUCGUUGUCUUAUCUGAAUAGAUUGGGGAAUCCCAGCAAGGGAUGGACUGCUACACUGAAGGAAACGUGGGGUGGUAAGAGUUUAAAGAUUCUCUCUGUGUGGUGGGCACUUGCAUUUGCGGGAGUUUCCUUGGUGCAAAACUAUGGCACAACUCUCUUCGAUGCUAUUGAUUCCCAUUCAAAAUUCAAUGGACACAUUUUAGCAAUAUCUGAAGCAGGAGGAAGUCUUGGAUCUUACUGUGCCAUUUAUAUCGACAAAUUUUCCUAUCGGUCGCGCCAGUUCAUAUAUGUUCUGGGAUCAUCGUUCAUGGGGAUCAUUUGUGUGCUCAUGGGAGUUUACACAAAGAUUUGGGGAGCAUAUCUCUCUUAUGUGGUGAUUUGUACUAUCUACCGAACGUUUUCUUGCCUUGUGAGCGUGCAGUGUGGACGACUACUAUCAAAUGGACAGUUCAUCCUACUCUUCUCAGUCAAUAACUUUGCUGGGCUUCUAAUUGAGACAUUGCUUCAAGCUGCCGUUGAAGUUGUGGGUCUAUCAAUAUAUUCACAGUUUAUAGCCUUCUCUGGCUUGUUCUUUGUGGCAACAGCUAUCUUCAUUACCUUUUCCUGCAUAGACUGCAGAGGAGAUGAAUCAAAUAAGUAUGUGCUAACAGAAACUGGACCUGAAGGCAUCCUUACUGCUGAUACUUAAUAAAUUCAUUCUAGAACCCCUAAAAGCUUCAAAGGUACAUUUCUGCAAAGAGCUGCUAAUUUUUUUCCUUACUGCUGAUACUUAAGGACGUAUACCCAAUUAUGUAUUUUCACUUAUAAAUCUUUUGUGAAUAACAAAAUUCUAAAGGGAAAAUUACCAUUUCAAUUGUAAAUGCACAAUAUUAUUACUGUUGUAGUUUCAACAGAAUUACAAGGAAUUUUGCUGUAGUAUUC